AUGGCGGCGCUGCGCGUGCUCGUGGGGGUGAAGCGCGUCAUUGACUUCGCCGUCAAGGUGCGCGUGGCGCCAGGUGGGGGCGGGGUGCAGACGCAGGGGGUGAAGCACGCGCUGAACCCGUUCUGCGAGAUCGCCCUGGAGGAGGCCGUGAGGCUGCGCGAGGCCGGGAAGGCCCAGGAGGUGAUCGUGGCAUCGCUGGGCAGCAAGGCCAGCCAGGAGACGCUCCGCACCGCGCUGGCCGUCGGCGCCGACCGGGCGCUGCUGGCCGAGGUGGGGGAGGGGGUGGCCACCGGGCCCCGCGAGGUGGCCACGGCUCUGGCCGCGCUCGUGGGGCGGCUGCAGCCUCACCUGGUGCUGCUGGGCAAGCAGGCCAUCGACGACGAUUGCAACCAGACCGGGCAGCUCCUGGCCGCCAUGUUGGACUGGCCGCAGGGGACGUUCGCCUCGCGGGUGGAGCUGGAGGACGGGGCCGUGCGUGUCCAGCGGGAGGUGGACGGGGGUCUGGAGACGCUGCGGCUGCGCCUGCCCGCAGUGCUGACCGCUGACCUGCGGCUCAACGAGCCCCGCUACGCCACGCUGCCCAACAUCAUGAAAGCCAAGAAGAAGCCCCUGGAGGUGAUUCCGGCAGCGGAUUUGGGGGUCUCGGGGGGGUCCCCCCGCCUGAAGGUGCUGCAGGUGCAGGAGCCGCCGGCCAGGGCAGGUGGGGAGAAGGUGGAGAGCGUUGAGGCCCUGGUGGAGAAACUUAGGCAAAGCGGUCGCAUCUGAGCCUCCCAGUUCAUCCCAGUUCAUCCCAGUGACUCCCAGGGUGCUGGACCAGUAAGCACCAGUAAGAACCGGUUCGUUCCAGUUUGGCGCUGCUGGGUUUUUAAUGGUUCUCCCGUCCUCUGGUGCCUUCUGGCCUGGACCAGUUCGUCCCAGUUCAUCCCAGUGCCUUCCAGUCUGGACCAGGCCCCCCCUCUUUCCCCCAUCCCAGUGCCUUCCCCCCAACCCCAAUAAAGGCGUGGCCAGUGGAUGACG